CAUGAAGAAAAAAAGAAUGGACUUGGCCUUACAUGUUAAAUUGAUUGAUUAUCAAGGCAGAGAUAUUAAUUUAAUUGAAGGUGGCUUUGACCAAUUUCAAUCCGAGACCUAUUUUAUAUUAACUCUUGAAAAAUUUCGACAUUUACAUGGGCGUAUCGAAAAGGGUUUCAUAAGGAUUAAAAGACAUUCCCCAAAACUUAAAAAUCGUGAAAAUCAAGAUGAUUGUAGACUACAUCCUUAUUCGGUUAAUGUCGAUCGUUUAGGAUACGGAGAAAGGAUAUUCUUGCCAAAAGUUUUUGAAUUUAAUUAUUGCAAAGGUCGUUGCGAUCACAGAAAUUUAAAUGGAGAAAAUAUCGACAAUCAUGCGCUUAUGACUUCUUUAUAUAAAAAUAUUAAAGGAAGAUCAAAAAGAAAUCCUAAAUUAUGUUGUGUACCAACUAAAACGGAGCCAUUAAGUUUGUUGUUCACUGAUCACUUCGGUAAUAUUAUAUUUGAUCAGAUUGAUAAUAUGGUAGCAACAGAAUGUGGAUGCCGGGCGUAA